UUUCAAUUAUCCAAGGAAUUCUUCAAAAUUUUCAGCCCUUUCGAAACCUUUUCCCUCACAUUAUCAUCUCAAACCGCUCAUUCCAGAAUGUUUGUAUGAGAAUCUAAACAAGAAAGAUAACGAUAAACUCAAUCGACAUGGCCAUUACUAGAACCAUCUUCUUAUUCUACACCAUUGCUUCACUAGUCCUCGUAUCCUCAGCUCAAACGUGUCGAAACUACAAAUUUUCUGACAAGACUAUUUAUAAGUCGUGCACUGACCUACCGGUUCUACGAGCUCACCUCCAUUGGAAUUAUGAUUCCUCCGCAAAAAUAGUUCACAUCACUUACAGAGCAGUCCAAAAAUCUCAAGGAUGGAUAGCGUGGGGGAUCAACCCGGUAGGAAGCGGUAUGGUGGGAACGCAAGCACUGGUUGCCUUCCAAGAUAGUAAUGGGAAAAUGAAAGCAUACACAACUCAAAUUACGAGUUACGACCCUGAAAUGAAACCAGAACCUCUCAGUUUCCCAGUCUCACAGAUUUCAGCAAACUACAUAAAUGAUGAGAUGAUCAUCUCCGCUGUUCUUGGCCCGCUUAACGGAACAACUUUUAACAUCGUCUGGCAAGCUGGAAAUUCAGUGCUAAAUGAUGUUCCUCAAUCUCACCCGUAUUUUGGUUCAUAUAUUAGAUCAUUUAAAUCUCUGGAUUUCCUGUCAUCGUAG